AUGUAUGACGUCAUGGUUGGGAAUUCCCCUCUCAGCUGCUGGGGGCGACCGAUGUCUUGGCAAAAGGCAGUGGAAGUCACGCAGGAGUGGGUCAAGAGCAAUGAAGCUGGGUUCAGGCUGGCCGACCUCCACGGGGAAGCGCGCAGAAUCGACUUUGCGUCACCUCACGGUUCCUUUCACGUGACUGUACCGGAGAAACCUGGAGAUGAAUGGAUGGUAUGGAGCGAAGACGAGUCGUGUGUCCGGAGAUUGUCCGAGAGCCUAGAAUACAUGUCUCAGCCAAAGAGAGAGUUGACUGAGAUACUGGAUAGAGCUGCUAAGGUUCUAAGAGGAAGCUCAGCAGCUCUUCCACAGACUGAGGGAGGCAGGGAAGAGGAGGAGGAGGAGGGCAGGAGGGAGAGGGAGAAGAGGAAGAUGAAGAGGAUGCAUAUGACUAUGACAUGGAAGAUCCAGAUGUGGAUCCUGAACCAGCUGAGAAAAAACAGUGAGCACUCUCUGAUUAUUAGAUGUGAGGAGAGUGCGGUGAGUGCUGAUGAUUUUUUCACUGGCCAGGGCUCAGCCAUCGCUGUCCACAGACUUAUAUCAGACCUCAAAUCUCUCCAGAAGUCAGAAGGGAAGUUUGGGAUCACGGGAGGUCCUCGAGGUGACAAUCUCUUCAUCUGGGACGUGGAGUUGAGUGAUUUUGACAGCAAGACUCUGCUCUAUAAAGACCUCCAGUCUUACGCACACACUUACAAGAGAAAGCCAGUGCUACAACUUGAGAUGAAGUUUCCCAAGGACUACCCAAUGUGUCCACCAUUUGUAAGGAUCGUCCGACCGCGAUUCCAGUUCCUUACAGGUCAUGUGACAGUGGGAGGCAGUAUCUGUAUGGAGCUGCUCACCCGCUCUGGCUGGCUGUCCACCAAUGACAUUGAGGGUAUCCUGGUCCAGGUGAGGGCAGAGAUAAUGUCUGACCCACGGGCCAGGCUGGCGUCAAAUCCAGACAACGAGUACACCGAGGGUGAGGCUAGGUCUGCCUUUGAGAGAAUGGUCCAGAAAUACGGUUGGAGCAGAACCAAGUAGCCAAGAAACUCCUCACUUUUAUAUCGAACUUUCAGUUUACUUGGCUUUUUAUUCCUUAUUCCACAAAUGAUUUUUGCAGUCACCAGAUAAGUGAGAAAAUAUGCAGUUUUGUUGACAUGAUGUAUAUAUCACUUGGUUUGUGUCCUGCUAGAGUUCAUCUCUGUCCCCCUGUGCAUGCCGUCUGGUGGACCUCAACUUCUGGCAGGUUGUGGAGCAGUCGUGAGGUGUCUCAGGGACGACGGACUCCAUCCCUGGAUGGACAGCCGGUGUCCCGACUAUCAGCUCUGAGUAGUGGCUGAGGAGUCUGGCUAUGUAGCAGUAGAGAUGCUCUGGCAGUAGGUUGUCGUGGAGGAAUUGGUAGGCAUUGCCGGCCAUCGCUCUUGCCUGCAGCAAACACUAGCCACGUAUUCUGGACACACACACACUAAGAUAAAUUCCACCAACCAAUGUAUUUAGUUGCAUGGUGGAGUGCAGAAAACAAUGGUAGAUUGGGCCCUCAAAUUUUCACAAUGUUGUGUAGCAAUAUCAGGAGACAAAAAAUAAGGGUUCUGGAAUUGAGUGCACAAACGGAAGGG